CAUAUUGCAUAUUCUGGUUGACUCAAGUUCCAUAUGCAAUAAAGUCUAUCUUUCGGUGAGGUGUGGGAAAGGUAGGUUGGACUUGGACAGUUGGUUAUAGCGCGCUCGUGGUGAUUGCUCCUAUAGCUAUUGGGUCUCCCAUCUUUUCUGGUGCAAUAUAAGCCUUGAGUGAGUAAGGGUACUCACUAGUGACAGUGAAAUAAAGCUCUGAUCAUAGAGGUUUGUUGUAAAAUGAUGAAGCAAAGAAAGGAAGAAGCCGUGGCGGUUACCAGGGCGGCGCCACCACCUCCACCUCCACUUCCAAAAUUCCGAGCAGAAGAGAGCGUGACAAAGCGAGAAAUUGCCAAGUUUUGGAGGCAAAAACGGAUUGAAGAGGAGGAUCAUCUCCUUGCUGCUAUCAAAUCAGCAGCAAGACUCCGUGCACGCAAUCUCACGGAGAAAGAGUACCAGAGCUUCCAAUUGUCCUUGAAGAACGAUGAUGAAGAAGAAGAUGAAACCAAGGAAAUAACCAUGGACAAAGAAGUGCGCGUGGGAAUAAAGGAUUGGUGGACAAAAAGCAAGUAUGCAUAUCUGAAUCAACCUGCCUUAGAUUCCAUGGAUCCUCCUAAGAAACGAACCGCUGCUACAUAUGUUCCCAAUUUUCUUUCCUACGAGCCCAAGGCUCUCUAUCCUACCGCUAUUGGUGUCUUUUAAGCCAUGGAGGGAGGGAUCCCAGUAUUGUUUGUUAAUAGUGAGUAUAUGUGGAAUUACUGGUAGGAAUUCCCAUUUGCAUGUUUCGUUUGUGAUUCAAAAUUUGUGUGUUCACUGGGAUAAGCAUUGACUAUUUUGUGGGGUUUGGUCCUUUGAUGUAAAAUACUUUAUUGAAUAAUAAGAAAAUUUCCUAUUGAUUGUUAAA